AUGACACUCGGAUUACCCUCACGCAAGACAUUUACCGCCCGCAGCGGCAACACAUACUCUUAUGUAUCCAUCCAGCCAACUUCGCGCACCGCAACGCUCCUCUUCCUCCACGGCUUCCCGUCAACUCUUAAUGACUGGGUGAAUCAGAUUCGGUAUUUCGCUUCGCAGGGUUAUGAUGUACUGGCUCUUGACCUGCUUGGAUAUGGCGCGACCGACAAGCCGGAUGAGGUCGAGGCGUACCGUCUGAGACCCAUGAGCGAUGAAGUAGUUGAGCUCCUCGAUCAUCUCAGUAUCAAAACCGUUGUUGGAGUAGGCCACGAUUUUGGCGCGACGUUAUUGUCCCGACUGGCAGCUUAUUAUCCAUCGCGCUGGGAGUCUCUCAUCUUUCUCGCUGUCGGACCACCGAAACUCGGAACACCCUUUGAUGUUGAUACGAUCAACCAGAUGACCAAGCAGUUCCUAGGCUACGAGCUACUCGGAUACAUCCCAUGGCUAGCCGAUCUUAGUUCCCAGUCCGCCUUGGAGAAGCACGCUGAAGCAGCCAUGAGUUUGCUGUUUUGCCAUGAUCGAAAAGCGUGGGAGGAAUGGUUCCAUCCUCUCGGAAAGAUGAGCGAGUUCGUGCGCGACGAUCGCAGGGUCCCAAUUGGGUCGUGGUACACUAAAGAUCUCCAAGAAGCACAUAUGGAAGCUUUCGGUUCCCCCGACGGGUACAAGGGGGUCUGUCGAUGGUAUCGUAUGUGGAAAGAUAAUCUCUGUGCAGCAGAUGAGAACGGGUUUGAAGAAUUUGAGACUUCACGACCCGUCCUCUUCAUUGUACCAUCUGAGCCUGAACAAUCCAUGAUGCAACAGCAACAGAUGCUAUCAUCCUGGGCCCCAAAUCUCCAAACCGUCAAGUUAGACACCGGCCAUUGGGUCCAUCUCGAGCGCCCGGAGGAGACCAACGCUGCCAUCCAAGACUUCCUAAACAGCAGGCAUGUUUAG